AAGGGUGUAUCUCUCUAAGAGUUGUUUCUGCUGUUUGCGAGUAUAAAUGAUUCCAUAAAAAACACUAUUAUUAUCAAAAAGUCAAUUACCAUAGAGUCAAAACUAAACAUUCAACAGCCAUUUUUUAUAGACCUUUGAGUUAGCUACAUCUGUCAAACUCACAAAUGCCAUUCCUCGUUUUCGGCACAGUACAGUUGGAAAGCUCAGAUCCUGUUGCUGUGGAGGUGUGUCAAAGCUUGUUGACUGAUGUCUACACUUGCCUUGAGGGCACUUGUAAACACAGAAUACACCUUUGCUUAUAGGCAGCUUGCUCACGUGAUGCAUCCAGAAAUUGCCUUUAAAAACCCCCCUCGCCCUCGCAGAGACUGACAGAUCUGAUCUAGAAGGUGAGCAAAGGAUUUCAACAUGUGGAUGUUUUGCAAAGCUGACUGUUUGUAAGACUUUUUAACUCUAAAACUGAAGCUUUGAAAGUUGCAGAGAAAAAACAACAGCAACAACAACAACAAAGUGUACAACGAUGAGCCUGGACAGCAUCAGUACAGAAUCUGAGGUUUCAGAAGAUGAGUUGGAAGAUUGUCCUUUGGAUCAGGAUGAAGACUGUGGAAAGAACCACCCAGGAAAACAUCGUUCAGAGUCAUCAGGCCCAAGUGAUACAGAGGAUUCAAAAGCUGUGAAAAGACGUACUCGACCCAAAAGGUCUAAAGCACGAAGAGCUGCCGCCAAUGUCAGAGAACGGAAGCGAAUCCUGGAUUACAACCAGGCCUUCAACGCAUUGCGAACUGUCCUCAAACAUGACCUGAAUGGAAAGCGUCUAUCCAAGAUCGCAACUCUCCGUCGUGCCAUCCACCGCAUUUCAACAUUAUCUUUAUAUCUACAAACACAUUCAUCCACAGAACCACACACACCUCAGUGCACCCAUACAGAGUGUUUCCGGCUACCAGAAGAGACAAGUUCCCUUCCCAGAAAGGCAGGAUCUUUCCAGGAACCAAUUGAGAACUACAUACAUCAGCCAGAGCUCACAGCCUCUCCAGAAAUUCCUGGGAUUGUGUACCAAGACAUAUCAAAUUUGGCACCAACACCACGUUAUGGCCACUGUGCAGCCAACAAUCAGGAACAUUUGAGUCACGGACAUUUCGUUCACCAAUGGGACGACCAAAGCAGCGGUGGAUAUUACACUGGAUUCCAAGAGGGGACUAAAGUCUCCUGUCAUCAGAACCAUAUGGACACCUAUGCAGACUCUGUGAACCCGUCUUUAGCUUGGCAGUUGGGUUACCUUCCAUGUCAUGGAUAUCAGCAGUCCUUAAGUAUGCACUGAGUAACGUUUAUCAUCUUAGAUUUGUGUUGAAAACCAUUAUUAGAGAAUGUUUGGAUACAUUUUUGUUCAGGUAAAACAGUAUACUGUAUAUUACAGCAAAUGCCUGGUAAAAAAAAAAAAAAAAAAAAAAAAACUUCUAUAAAUGUUUAUCUUUUGUACAUAAUGGUUUUGUAAAUGUAAGAUGUUAGAUAAUAUGACAAAAAUAAGCCUUAAUAAUUUUGUUGUUGUCUAAAUGUUUUUGUUACUGCAUUCAUACAUUCUGAUAUGCACAGCCCCCCAAAUAAAGCAGCUUAUGUUAUAAAACAGA